AUCAGGAGUUUCACCACAGCACCGUCCCUUUUUCCAGCAGCCCCACCUCCUUCUGCAGAACCGAGCUCAAUAGAACUUUGUUGUUUUGCCUUCUACUAUGGGGGGAGAGAAGCAGACAUCAGUGGAGUUGAGAAUAAAAUAAAGAAUAUCAAAAGAAAAAUGAUUUUCUCAAUGCUGAAUGUCUCAACUGUAAUUGUUGUAUUUUGGGAAUAUAUCAACAGCCCAGAAGGCUCCUUCUUGUGAACAGAUCACUCAAAAAACCUAGAAGUUGGUGACAACGGUAAUCAGAAGGUCUGGUGGUUUCCGAGCUGGUAAAAUGGGACCUGCAAUUACCAAGAGGAAGAAGAAGAC